GCCUAUUUAAGCACCCAAAAACUUAGCUCUACACGUCUUCUUCCUCACAGAACGCCUCAGUCCUCAAGCCCACACUGCCAAAACUUGCCAUGAUUCUCUCCAUGGAGACUGCCCAAGAGAGCUCGCUCCUCCUCCUCCUCUUUCCAUCCGCCACCUCCGUGUUCCCGCCGCUCCUCUCCGUGAUCGUCCUCGGCGCUUUCCUCCUCUGGCUAUCACCGGGUGGGCCUGCAUGGGCGCUCUCGCGGUGCCGUCGCCCGCCGCCCGGCCAGCCGGGCGUGGUCACCGUGCUCUCCAGUCCCGUCGCGCACCGCGUGCUCGCCGGGAUGUCCCGCACCGUCGAGGGAGGGGCGGCGCUCAUGUCCUUCUCCGUCGGGGUCACCCGCCUCGUCGUGGCGAGCCGUCCGGACACGGCGAGGGAGAUCCUCGCCAGCCCGGCCUUCGGCGACCGCCCCGUGAAGGACGCGGCGCGGCACCUGCUGUUCCACCGGGCCAUGGGGUUCGCGCCGUCCGGGGACGAGCACUGGCGCGGGCUCCGGCGCGCCUCCGCCGCCUACCUCUUCGGCCCGCGCCGCGUGGCGGGCUCCGCGCCCCAGCGCGCCGCCAUCGGCGCGCGCAUGCUCCGCGACGUCGCCUCCCUCAUGGCCCACCACGGCGAGGUCCGCCUGCGCCGCGUGCUGCACGCCGCGUCGCUCGACCACGUCAUGGCUACCGUCUUCGGCAAGCGUCACGGCGACCUCUCUCCCCAGGACGGCGCGCUGCUGGAGGAGAUGGUGAGCGAAGGGUACGACCUCCUCGGGAAGUUCAACUGGGCCGACCACCUGCCAUUGCUCAGGUGGCUCGACCUCCAUGGCGUCCGCCGCCGGUGCAACAGGUUAGUCCAGAAGGUGGAGGUGUUCGUCGGCAAUAUCAUACAGGAGCACAAGGCAAAGCGAUCCGCCGGAGACGUCGCCGAUGGCGCCUUGGGCGACUUCGUCGACGUUCUGUUAGACCUCCAGGGAGAGGAGAAGAUGUCAGACUCCGACAUGAUCGCUGUUCUUUGGGAGAUGAUCUUUAGAGGGACGGACACGGUUGCGAUCCUGAUGGAGUGGGUGAUGGCGAGGAUGGUGAUGCACCCGGAGAUACAGGCGAAGGCGCAGGCGGAGCUGGACGCCGUCGUUGGCGGCGGCCGCGCCGUGACCGACGACGACGUGGCCAGCCUCCCUUACAUCCAGAGCAUUGUGAAGGAGACGCUCCGCAUGCACCCGCCGGGCCCGCUCCUGUCGUGGGCGCGGCUCGCCGUGCACGACGCGCGCGUCGGCGGCCACCACGUCCCCGCGGGCACCACGGCGAUGGUGAACAUGUGGGCGAUCGCCCACGACGCCGCCGUCUGGCCCGAGCCGGAGGUGUUCCGCCCGGAGCGCUUCGCGGAGGAGGACGUCAGCGUGCUCGGCAGCGACCUCCGCCUCGCCCCCUUCGGCGCCGGCCGCCGCGCCUGCCCCGGCAGGAUGCUGGCGCUCGCCACCGCCCACCUCUGGCUCGCCCAGCUCCUCCAUGCCUUCCAGUGGUCCCCCUCCUCCGCCGCAGCCGUCGACCUGUCCGAGCGCCUCAGCAUGUCGCUGGAGAUGGCGGCGCCGCUCGUGUGCAAGGCCACCGCUAGGCUCUAAGCCCUAGCCCUACCCGCCGCCGCCGCC